CGUCAAGUCAUUUUGCAUCCCCCACCCUCACAUACACCCCGUCCGCUGACCGUUCUCCCUUCCAGUGAGUUGGAUUUACGUCCGGACUGGUACUCGCCCGCGGCAUUACAUACUCUACCACUAUAUAAAUUGCAAUGGACGAGCACCAGUUUACUCAAGCACAAGUGCAUGGUGCGCCUGGCUACAUGGCGGUCCCAAAUAGGGCUCCGACUGUAUCCUCGCUCCAUGUCACCUCGGAGGCGAAAUUGCGCCAGUCCUACGCGCGGCACCAGGGCAUGUCACCAGCGAUGGAUGCGAUGCUCCCCUCAACUGCUGCGGGCAAAGAGUCUGACGAUGAUGAGUCAAUGAACUCUAAGCUGACUCGGGCUUCCAGUCGUUCAUCCGCCACGCCCAACACAACGACCGCGACCAGACGUAAUGUCACUUUCUGCCCGCCAUCGCCUGCACCCCGCUUCGCCGGUUUCCCUGUCCGGCCGCCUCCUCAGCGUAAGGCAAGCAAUACGGCCCCGCGCCCUGUAAUCUCAUACGUGGUCCCUGCGGUGCCGGCUGUGCAAGAGCGCACUGCAUCAUCCACCGAAUCUACUGCGGAGCAACGGAUGGCCGAGUGCUUACGUGUUGUUGAUCACAUACGAUGUGCGCCUGGUCUAGCACCGCCUUACAACUCUUCAGACCUUACCACCAUGCCCACAGCUUCACCCGUGCUUCCAAGAUACGAGCAAUUCAGUGCUCACUUUGGGGAGAACACCCACGACACUGCGAUCCCAGUCCAUGGUGCCCCGGAUCCCGCGCUGGAUAGUGCCGGGCAGUGGUCCAUGGAUGAUUAUGUUGUCGACGAACAACAUGAUGCCAGCCGGGAGCACGGAUACUCUUCGCCCUAUCUCACUUCCCCCCGCCCAUCUCCUCUGACCUCGGACAGUGGCACCAGUCCCGACAUGACGCCAUACUCCGAAAUGGGCACCCCGUACAUGGGUGUUCAUGACUCCCCUCUCAUCCGGGACAGCGAUGAGCCAUUCCUUACGGGGGCUUCGUUAUUUGGCGGUGUCGCCGAGUCUGAAUCCGCCGCUGCGGAGUCAAUGACGUCAUCGAGCAAACAGCCCACCCGGGCGCUUGUUAAAGCAAGCCCCUCCUCCCCGGCCUUACCAUCCUUCGACCUGCCUAUUACACGCAGCGGACCAGUAGUACCCCCUUCCCCCUUCCGACCUCGUGGUCCGACGAUUGGUGCGACAGGCACCCGGAAGAAUAGCACGCCAGCCUCACUCAUCGCCCACGACGCUCCCACCCAACGCCGGACGUACUUGACACCCAGUGCGACCAGUCGCAAAGCCGUCCCCGAUGCUUUUGCCAAGAAGCGUGCUCACUCCGCCGCGUUUGGCGAAGACGAGCCAGAGCCUAGCCUGAGCGAGGAGGAGGCUAUCGUCGCCAAACGGCGCCAGAACACCCUCGCUGCGCGGGCCAGCCGCAAACGCAAGCUCGAGCACCAGCUGUUCAUCGAGGCUCAGGUCGAGACUUUGACGGCGGAGCGCAAUGCCUGGAGGGAGCGUGCGCUGCUUGGCCAGGCGAUGCUUGCAGAGAAGGGUGUGCUGGUGACUUUCGAUACACCCUCGCAAUAAACCAACGAAUGAUUUCUAUUCUAUGCACCCCGUAUACUUAUGUACUUACUGUAGACCCUCAUCCCUGCUCAUUUAUCCGAAAUGUAUCUGACUCUGUACUGUAUCAUCUCCUAUGUGGCCAGUUGGCUGUCACACAUCUCCGCUCGAAAUUGUAUACAUGCCUGUGCAGUAGUCCAAUGGACCUCCAACCAAUAUAUGCAGUACUUGUCCCAUCUCAGUGUGUAAGUAAAGUCGUCAUUAGAAGAUGUCACCACAACAUCGCAUGUGGCACAAUCAGGUGAUCGCGUUUUCUUUCCCUUCUAGCUCUCGACUGAUGUCUCUCGCGCUCCACCGCCAUGUCCACCCGUUGGCACUCGGCCUGCUCAUUGGCAUCACGCUAUCAAUCUCUUCCUCCUCCGUCCUCCAGUACCUCGACCGUCGGCGGCGUCGCGCGGCCCUCUCAGAAUCUGCGGAGCAAAGCCGACCUAUCGAGUUGAGGGUGGAUGAGGUUCUCGAUGGCUUGCCUGCGGUGAUCGGAAACACGCCCCUCAUUCGAGUCCCCUCACUGUCGAACGCAAUGGGUGUGGAGAUCUUGGGCAAAGCGGAGUUUCUGAAUCCUGGAGGAAGCGUGAAGGACCGCGUCGCGGGACGAAUCAUCGACGAUGCGGAGCGUCUCGGGCUGAUCCACCCGUACACGGGCUCGCGGAUCUUCGAGGGCACGUCCGGGUCCACCGGCAUCUCGCUGGCGAUGGUCGGACGUGCGCGGGGCUAUGAUGUCACGAUCGUCGUCCCGGACGACAUGGCCACAGAGAAAUUGCAUGCACUGCGAUCACUGGGUGCAGAUGUCGAGCAGGUCCGGCCGGCGAGCAUCGUCGACAAGAAGCAGUAUGUCAACAUAGCAAAACGCCGCGCCCAAGAGUUCUCGGCUGCUGCCUCGUCAGAAUCGACAUCUUCGGAUGAUCCUCUCCUCGACCCAAUGGAAGUCACGCGCCGCGGAUUCUUUGCGGACCAGUUUGAGAACAGGAGUAACUACGACGCCCAUUUCUCCGGGACAGGACCCGAGUUGUGGAGACAGACGAACGGGAACGUGCAAGCGUUUGUGAGUGGGGCGGGCACAGGAGGAACGAUUGCUGGUGUUGGCCGGUUCCUCAAGUCGAUGGAUGCUGAUGUGGUCGUGUGCCUGGCUGAUCCGGAGGGCAGUGGCCUGUACAACAAGAUCAAGUACGGUGUUCUUUUCGACCAGCGAGAGAAAGAAGGCACCAGACGAAGGCACCAAGUCGACACUGUCGUAGAGGGGAUAGGACUGAACCGCCUGACGCAAAACCUCAAUCUCGCGCUCCCGGUUAUCGACGACGCUUUCAGAGUGACUGACGCUGAAGCUGUGGCCAUGGCGCGCUAUGUGAUGAGGCACGACGGAAUCUUCAUCGGGUCCAGCAGUGCAUGCAAUCUUGUGGCCUCUGUUCGUUUGGCAAAGAAGAUGGGAUGGAGUAACGGAGAGCGGAUCGCCACUGUUCUAUGCGAUUCGGGAUCGAGGCAUUAUUCCAAGUUCUGGUCUGUUGCGAGGUUCAUGCUACCGAGGAGUUCGACUGACAGCAAGCUAUUAUUAGGAACGACGAGUAUCUCAAAAAUACGGAUAUCCCUAUCGACCUGCAAAUCAUCGAAGACUUGCUCUCCGCUUGAUCAAACGCGUCUGACUUCCCAUACGCCUGAAAACGGCAGGCCCAGGCUGAGGCAGGGGCGAAGUCGAUGGUGCUAGGGUCGCUCUCAGAUCAAAACAGAAGCUCAUGCGACGAAUGCGUUGGUUCGAGCAUUUGUAAAUCAUCGGACACGAUGUUAGUUUCGGGAGGGGAAAAUAAGUUUGUGAUGUAUGGCGUAUAUCUAGAUAUAGGCAUACAUGGCCGCGGGCAGUCCAGAUAGACAUGGCAUGAUCGUAGAAAAGUCGGGGAUUCAUUUCAUGAGAAGGAGCGUGUGGUUGUGGACAGAGCAAAAGAGCGUGUAGAUGACAAGGAUCGCGGUGUGGGGGAAAGAUCAGUUACGAUUCUUUUUCUUGCCGGGUGCAUUGGCAAUCGCAUCCGGGGCUCUCUUUCGCUUCGAAACGGGAGCAGAGACACCUGAAGCCUUAGCAUCGAAUUGGCCAAGUAGAGCAGGCGGCAGGUCAUCUCGCCCAAAGAUCCGCGCUGCUGGGUCGAAGUCCUGAAACCAGGGCUGUUUCAGUGUGUGACGGAUCUGGAGUCGGC